AUGACCUCAACAGCCAAUUUACCUUCAGUUGGAGCAUCCAUCACAUUACUACUAAGUACCUGGUUAGCAACCGAUCCUAUUGCUGUUCAAUCUAGCGACUUGGUUUGCACAGUUGUAGAUCAAUUUCAGAUCAUUAGACGAUCAUCGCUAGAGGAUAAGGAAGAAGCACAGGCUACUUUGUCUGCUUUGAAUCGCCUUGGUGCACGAUUAGCUAUUUCAACAUCUCAGCAAUGCGAAUCAGCAGUUCUGACUCAAGGUUCCGUUUGGCUGACAUCUGUUCUUACCAUCCUUAGAAGAUGUGCGACUGAAAACGUACCUGCAAGUUCGAUCAGACCAGUUGUGUCUCUAGCGCUUCAUAUUUUUGAGCAUGGAUCACAAUGGCCAGACUUUUCUCGGGAGAAUUGCGAUUCGAAAGCCUUACUGGGAUUAACCAAAUCAUUGAUAGCCCUAUCAGGUGAUGAGAUAUUAGAUUUGGAAACUCGAUCAAUUGCUCUUCAAGCACUUGGUACUCUUCUACCGCGUUAUUCGACUACUCUUAGACCGGUCGCAACCCAACUUCAAUCAAUUUGCCUCACUCAAUUACUUCACCCUGUUGAUAUGGUUUCAAAUCAUGCUAUUAGCUUACUUACCUCGCUUUAUCGAUUAAGCGGCAAGGUCGAAGCCGGUGGAGCUUGGUCUACUACUAUUAUGGGCACAAUUGGCACGAUUGACACUGUACUAGAUACUCUUCUAACACCCGUCUGGAAAGAGACUUCUCUUUUUGGUGAACCUACGUCCGAAAAUCAACGUCUUGCAGCACUUGAUAUUCCUUUACAAAGUCUCAUUCAUUCUACAAGUGGAAACAACUUGGAACAGGAUCAAUUACCUAUCAAUCAAAUCACGUUUCUCAUCAAACGAGUAGAAUGCCUGAUCAAAGUUUUAAUAGUGAUGCUGUCAGAGCCCACAGAAAGGUCUGUACAGGUACCGAUUGGAGAGCUCUCUAGGCUAUCAUGGCGGAUGCUGUCAGUUGCUCAAGCGGAAGUCAAGGGACGUCCCGACCUCAGCUGGAAGUCUGCAUGGGAUUGUACAGGAGCAGCAAUGUCAUUGAAAUCAUUGGGUUGUCGGUUAAUAGGCCAAAUAGCAGCAUGUACCUCGACUGCAUUUAUCCCAUUUUCUACUCCUACUCUUUUACUACUUUCAUCGUCGAUAGCUAGCGCAUCUCAAGCAAACAACUUGGACGUAUCAAUACUAUACAGAACGUAUGCAAAGAUCUUAUCAAGCUGUGCUCCAAAUCCGGAUACCGUUAAAUCAACCAUGGAACCGAUUUUGAAAGCUAUAUUGAACGAUAUCAAGAAUAUAAACGGUCGAGAAAGUGACGCUUCAUCUGCUAUCGAAUCCGAUGGAGCUAAGAAUCGAAAGGCCAAAAACAAGGCAAGACAAUAUGAAAGUGAUCAGGCUUGGAGUCGGUCUAUGGUAGUGGAUCAAAUUGCUUUAGUUUUAGGUCUCAGAGCCUUCAAUAGAUGUAUACCAAUUCAAAGAAAUUCAAGUCAAUCUUCAUUAGGAUUAAACCUUUCAGAAUCAAUGACAAGUAUCCUUAGUCAAGUAUUGGUUUGUAGUGAUGAUCCUACUGAUGAAUUAAUUGAAUUGGCUAAAAAAGGUUUAAAUCAGAUUGGACUUUUAAUUAGACCACGUGUUCCACCUAUUUCACUUACUCAAGCUCAAUUGAGAGAAGAAGAAGAAGUUGAAUUAGAUGAAGAUGAGGAUGGUAGUGUAGAUGAUAGUAUGGGUGAGCAGCAAGUUACUUCAAGAUCUGUUGCACCCAUUCAACGAGCAGUAGCACCUUCGACUUUACAUUCAUUGGAUCGGGUCAAUGUGAUACAGAAGAAGUCUGAUUAUGCGACUGGGACGAUGGAGGUAGUUGAAGCUAGUACAGAGAAAGUUACGAUCUCUGAAGAAUCUGAAACAAUCAUACCUUCUACAAAUGAAAAUCAAACAUCUUCUUCAAAUACUCAAUAUAAUUCAAUAGCAGAAGAAAGUUUGAUCAACAAACCAUUUGAAUUAACUGAAAGAUUUGGAAAUGGGAAUGUCAAAAGAAAAUCAGAUGAUCUUGGAAGCAUUAUAGAUGACCAAGGUAAGAUUAAACAAAUCAAAAGGAAUGACAAUGGUAAUGAAGAUGAUUCGGAUGAUGAUAGUGUGAUUCCUGAACUUGAUCUUGGUGAAAGUGAAGAUGAAGAAUGA